AUGAAUUUAUUGGAGCAAUCGUUAACGUCCAACGUGCACAAUGAAAAGAGCUCUUCAACUCCCACAGAGGAAGAGGAAUUGGAGGACGAAAAUUGGGACAAUUGGGAUGAAAACUUUGAUGACGAAGAGGACCAACCAAAAAAUAACAAAUCACAAGCAGAGGUGUCACAAUCACUACAACAUGACCUCGAUUGCCACUUUAAAACUAUGAACGCAAUCAAAAAGCAACGACAAUAUUUCCAAACGCUGGAUAAAUUGGCAGGAAACGACAAUGUUUUCAUCUUUGAUAGUUACAGUGGCAAUUUGGGGAAUAUUGAAACUCCAUUUCGAUCCAUGUGCAAACAAUUGGCAUAUAUUCUCGGAGAAGUGGAUCAAUGUUCUGAUCUUGUGCACAAUGCUUCACUGCUGAGCCAGCUGACAAACACGUUUGGGUUCGUGUUUCAGUCACAAAAGGCCAAAUUAAUUCGAAAUGAAUCCAGUACUAUCAUUAUUUUUGUCGUUGGAGGUAUUACAGGUGGAGAAAUUGCAGACAUUAAGGAAAUGAUUGGAUUUAAUUUACGAGAAAAAGGUCAACAUUCACCUUAUUUUGGAAAAAAGGUAUGGAUUGGAUCGACACAUGUCACCAGUUCAGAACAAAUUAUGGAUCAAGUUCUUCAAUUAUAA